UAAACACAGGUUUCUUUUCAAAUAUUGCUAUAUAAAAGAUGGUUGAUAUCAGCUAAGGCACAACAACAACAGCAUGUUGGGAAAGAUCAUUUUUGCGAGUUUGCUGGCUGCAUGUAUAUUUGUCUGUGCGCACGCCGUUCCAAUAUCUGGAAAUGAUUUGAAGUCAAUGCAAGAAGAUCUGAUAGAGGUCGAGCGAGCUUUACUUCGACUAGGCGGUCAAACGGAUCCAGAGGCACUGAUUCCAAAUGCAUCCAUUAACAAUUAUGUUAACCACAAGAAACCACGUGUCCGAAAGAUAAAAACCAAACAUGUUCACAAACCUGCGGAACAAGAAGGACUCGAGUUCGAAUCCGACAUGUCACUCUCGCCAGAGGAGAAGGAGGAUAUGGAAGAAAUGGAAUCGAGGGGGCGGAUCCGGAGAAAGGCAGUGGCCAAUGACAUGAAACUGUGGCCCCGUGGGAUUGUGUACUAUCAGUUGUCCAGUACUCUAGAAGGCCAGGCAGUCUCUAAUGUUAAAUCCGCUAUGAAACUCUGGGAGGAUAACACUUGUCUGAGAUUCAGGGAAUACAAUUCGGCUUCCGGAUCCUCGGAUAGGAUUAUAUUUGUCGGAUCACAGGGAUGCCAGUCUCCAAUUGGUCGAAGAGGUGGUCCGCAGGAAAUCACGAUUGGGGGAAGCUGUCAACAAUCGAUUGGAUCUAUUGCACAUGAAAUUGCACAUAGUAUUGGAUUUUACCACGAGCACUCUAGACCAGAUCGGGACGAUCACGUGACUAUUAAUACCAAUAAUAUACAACCGGGGUUUGAGGGGGAUUUCCGGAAGAUUGGCGCCAGGAGUAUCGAGGACAUUGAACCAUACGAUGUGUCCUCUGUGAUGCAUUAUGGUCCAACAUUUAUGAGUCGGGACGGGCAGUCUAAAACAAUAGUGCCACGGGUCAAGAACCUUCUGAACACGAUGGGUCAGCGAGAUGCACUGAGUUUCCUGGAUAUUAAAACUGCCAACGAUCUCUACAAAUGCGCAGCAAGUUGUCCAAUAAAGUUAAACUGCAAAAACGAAGGCUAUGUUGGACCAAACUGCGCCUGUCUGUGUCCAAAUGGUUUGACAGGGAGGGAUUGCUCAGAAGUUGUCCAAAGUAACACUAACUGUGGUGGGGAGUUGACGGGAACGAGCGGAGUUCUUUCUUCUCCAAACUAUCCCAGAGAUUACUCAUCAUAUGCUGACUGUCUUUGGGUUAUCAAGGGACCGGUUGGAUCAAGAAUAACACUUAUAAUGGAGGACUUCCAAGUAGAGGAUGACUCCACAUGUUACUUUGACUGGCUGGAAAUAUUUCUUGGUGGACCACACAUAGGGGGCGCUCGAUUCUGCGGAGAAGAAAGUGGAAGCGAGAACAGGCCGCCGAGGACUAUAGAGUAUCCUGGCAAUACUCUGCUGAUCAAAUUCCACGCAGACGACUCGAACGAGUUCUCGGGAUUUCGAGCCCGAUACACCAUACACUCGUCCUAAUCAAAAGAAAUCAAUGAAUCAUCAUGCAUUUUAAAACAAAAUCAAGUGUAUCGGCCAGACGAUGUUUUAAUCGUGAACGACAAUUUUUGAUCGAAUUUACAUGUUUAUCUUAUAUGUACUAAUUGAAUUGUGCAACGCUGUAUUUUCAUGGGUUAAAUUUUUUGAAGAUUGAUUGAAGAAGAUUUCAUAUUUUUGCUUGAAUGUAUAAUAAAUAAACAGGUACUAAAUAAAAUCACUCUAAAGUAACAA